AUGGAAGGUUGUUGUGGCGGCGGCGGCAACGGAAAAGACGGAGAUGAUACAUACGGAGGAAGCUUUGAGGGCAGUACUCCGCUUGGACCCAGGGUUGUAUCAGUGAUUGAUUCCUCGUUAGAAAAAAAACUGGAAGGAGCCAAGGUAGUUGCAACAGCUGUAAUCCCUGAUGAAGUCGAAAGAAUCAAAGACAUUCUUCAGAAAUGGAGCCAUGUUGUUGACGAAAUAGACCUCAUUCUUACACUUGGAUGGUAUAUAAAACAUCUAGUUACCGUAUCAGAUUUCGUGGUGUGUUCGGAUCAUAUUUACAUUCGUCUCCAAGCUGUCAUCACUCAAGUUUCUAGGUCAUUUGUUUUCUCAGAUAAUCAACUUGCCUGGGAACCCAAACGCAUUGGCCGAGUGUAUGGAGGCCCUGUUACCAGCACUGAAGCACGCUCUGAAGCAGAUCAAAGCAGACAAGAGAGAGAGACACAUCCAAAGCACAUACCUCAUGCAGAAGCCACUGCACCUGCUGAUACAUGGGACAAAAGCUACAAUUCUGCGUAUGAGGGAGCAGACGAGACAAAAAAUGCUGGCUGUUCUUGCACUAACUGA